AUGGAAUCGCUUAUAAAAAACAUACAGAGUGACCUGGACUUGGUACGUGGUGCCCUUGCACGGGCAGCUUUUAACCAAAACCCGACAUCGGCAUCGAAGGAAGGCAUUGGCGGGGAAUCUCAAGAAGAUGCGAAAAGUUGUCAGCGAUCACCGCAGCGUGGAGGAGACACGGUUUUGGUCCAACCUGUGGAUGACAGGGAACCGGAGGCAUUAGCUGUCGCAUCUGCUGCUGAGUUGAGUGCGCUUCGUGAGCAGGUCGCCGCGCUCUCUGCGGUAGAACUGCAGCGUUCGAAGCUGGAGGCACAGCUUGCUGCAAGGGAUGCCGCACUUCGACAUUAUACUCAAUCUCACCUAGCCUUAUCGACGAAAGAGCAAAAGCAGCGGCGCGAACUUGAGCAAACUGCGAGUACACUAAAGGAGGCGGAAGCGGAGUUAGUCAUGUGGCGUGAACGGCAUCAGCGGCUCCAACGUGAAGUGCAGGUGCUUCAGCACGAGUUGGAGGCUCUAGCGGCACAGUGCGAUCGACUCCAGUCUUCUGUGCUAGAGCUGCGCGAACUUUCGCGACGAGCCAUCGAUGAUAACAACGCACUGCGGAAAGAAAAGCGGGAACUGAGGGAGGAGUGUGAAACGCUACAGAGCGUUCGUGCAGCACUCAAUGAUUCUGUCGCUCGUGAAGAGGCAUUGACUCAGGAAUUACAAGCCUUGCGUGACGCAAGUACGGAGUCGGAAGCGUACUUCAAGGCAGCGGUUGCUGAGGUGGAGGCACGACGGCAGUACUGGGCUGCUGUGCAAGGUCAGCACGAAUCCCUUCUAGAGGCUCUUGCAUUGACGCAGAAAACAGCCCAGAUGUGGGAGGAUCGUUUUGCAUCGGAAUGUACGCCAAAGGUUUUUGGAGUCAAUGAGGUUCCCGCAGACCUUCCUGUCGAUGAUUUUGAACGCCCAAAAGAGGAACUACUCAUCUCCACAACCGAGGAUGGCGGAAGCCAGAGAGAAGUUAAUAAAGGGGGUGACGAGGCAGUGGAUAGGGAAAGUGCUUCUUUAGUUGCAGCCCUUGAAGCCAAGGUUGUUGACUUGGCUUUACACCUGCAAGAGCAACGUGCGGAGGCGGAGGCGGCGAAGGAUGCUUACAACACCCUUGCCGCUGUGGUUGAGCGUGAGUCUUGUGAUUUACUUGAGCUCCGCCGUAAGCUAGCAGCACAGCGCCCCGAGUGCAUGAACCUCAUAGAUACGAACACUCGCCUGCAGGCUGCACUAUUGGCACGUGAAAGUUAUGUGGAGGCACUGCAGGACUUUGUUGUAGCGAUUCUUGACGACCUAACGGGGUUGACCUUUCACUGCUACGAGUUGGAAGUGCAGUUAGCAAUUUCGGGCGCAGCGACGCCCGUAACAGUUAGUGGCGAUGGACGGGAGCCGGUUGCACGCCGUUCCACAGCCCUUAAUUUAAUUCAGAGCAAACAACAGAGAUGCCAGGAAUCAUGGCGUAUAACCGUACCGCGUGGUAAACGGGGUAGUAAAGGGAUAUGA